AUGGCGUGGAAUUUGUGUUCGUCUUUGGGGGUGCAUGGGUACUUGAUACAGAGUGAGGUGAUAGGGGAUGAGCUGAGUCAAGCGCUGUUGUUGUCGGUCUACAGUACUCGGGCGGGAGAGCUCAUGGACCGAGAACCGUUCCAUGUGUUCGCCUGGUUCCAAGAACGCUUCCAAGUCAUUCUACCUGACGACCCUUUCUUUAUGCCAGGACUGGGUAAGCGAGAGCUGUACACCAGUCAAUAUGCGAGUCGUACUUUACCCGCUGGCCGCUGCAUUGUUCGCUACAGGUCAUCGGCGUUGCGGUUACGAUGGCGGUACGAGCUUGUCAAACUUUUGAGGACGCGGCACGGAUCGCCUUCGACGAUUUUGUUCGCUUACUGCACCUUAUUGCAAGUCCUGGGAAGCCAUCAAAGACUCUGUAUAGGCAUCGAUUUGCAUAUCACCAAGCGGGAGCUUACGCUUACGGAUAAAAAGUCCCUUUUGGAGGUUCAACUUGGUCGCGUGGAAGGCGCACAUUUCCAGCGCGUGCGACUAACAACACCGAAACCACCAAGAUCGUUGCUGUAUUGGUGCGAAGUGUUCUGGCCAAUGGUCGACACAUGGGUUGGGGUCGAGUUCUACAAUGUUUCCUUCAAUUGUGCCGCUCAAAGGUUCAAUGCCGUAAGAGGUUUCCAAGACCACGAAUUCCGUCCUCUGUACCUGAGGAAAUUUGCAACUCAGAUUGGAACCCGAAUACCACCGGACUACGUCCUAGAACGAACAAGCGACUACACCAACAACCAACUGAGACAACUCCAGUCCUUCGAUGGUAAUGCUAAGGUUGAUGAAGGAGUAAGGGGUACAGAACAGAUUGGCAGUAGCACAAUACCUGAUAACACAUCAAGCAAAGGGAAACCGGCGGCAGGCAACAGCCGGGGGGUAGAUGCCCAGGACAGCAUCCCCCGUAAUGAGAUGGGCAAUGAUCUGAAUGAUGACGGUAGUUUAAUGCAAGGGAACGAAGGAUCCCAAGGGAACGAAGGAUCCCAAGGGAACGAAGGAUCCCAAGGGAACGAAGGAUCCCAAGGGAACGCUUCCCCCGAAAAAGGGUCUCGAGGCGAAGGCUCCCAGGACGAAGCUGACCGAGUAGUAUCGCUCCAGGAAGGGAGGCGGGAAGGAGGUGCUUGGCAUAGCUCUGGACAAGAUCCCAGUGACCCAGCACGUGACGUCAUAAUGAAGGAUUUAUUUUGGGACGAAGAGUCUAACGACAGUGAGUCCAAUGACGAUGAAUCUGACAUCAGUGCGGCGAGUAAACCCAUGGCCGUCGGAGGGGCAGUACAAGGAAGCAAUACAGUGCAGGGAGGCAGGUUAGUGCAGGUAGGCAGGGAGCACGAGAGCUCAAUGAAGGAAGGGUGGGGAGAUGAUUACAGCAAGGUAUGGUUACACGUGGUUCAUGAUCUGAAGGCAACCUCGGAUCGUUUACGUUUGAUCUAUCAGGAGCGUAAGGAGAAUGGUUGGAUUAAUCCGUGGUCACGAGUAGAGGAAAUUCGUCGUUCAUUAAAAGGUGUUAUAUCUAUCAGCCCGGCAGGUGCAAUGUUCGACGUUACGCCUCGAUAUUGCGAGGCUCGUAGAUGGACUGGUUCUCUACGAAAGUUUAUAAAGGUAGGACAGGUGAGUAAUUCGGUGAUUUCGGACGACCAAUUGAUCGAUGCCUUAUCCGCACAGCACCUAUACGAGCUGGACAUAAAGCACGUAAAAGAUAUGAUUGAGAAGAGUGACAAGAUGCCUACCUCCAUAUCCGGCUUUAAGAACAACCAGGUGUACGCCUUGCCCGGGGCACUCAAACCGAAUCAAAUACUAAAGCCCGAUGCCAAAAUUAAGGCGUUAUUCCGAGGCCAGCCAGUUUACUCUAAACUAGAUGUCGUCGAUUUGUACACCGAAAAACAACUUAAUAGAAUGGCGAGGACUUUAAUCCCAGGUUCGAAUCCAAUCAAGACCAUUAUGAAAUCCUCUAGAACCUUCCCUGGCUCAAAUCGCGUACACACUGCUGGAGAAAAAGUUUGCUGCCCCCUAUAUACCUUGAACCAGUCCGAACUUGUAGACGAACAAAUGCUCGCAACCAAACGCGAAUCGGGUAGCAGGGUCUGGGUCGUUAAGAACCAUACAAGCAUACCACCAGGCUGGGUCCAUCUCAAAGACUCGGUCUACCCAUCCGUUUCCUUCACCGCAUAUAAGCUGCAACUGCCCCACUUCAAGGCACUCACCGGCUAUCAGUAUGAGAAGAAAAAUCUCAAGCCCGUCUUCAAUGGCGUUCUGGUCAAGGAAAAUGACGUAAACCAAAUUCUAGACCGACAACAAUACUUCGAAGGCAUACAAAACCGUAAACGGGAAUGGGAGGAAAGAAUUCGUGUGCUCGGCAUAUGGCGAGCCCUGUCAAAAAUGGUCUUGGCCAUGGCCGCAUCCGAUGCCGACACCUGA